AAGGAGUCUGCCCUGGCUAAAGGGCCCCUCUGCCCGACCACAUCUGCGCCUUAGAUCCCUCAGCAUCUCGGGGAGGUGUGGGAGGCGGGGGGGAGGGAGGUAAGCGGCAAGCUCCCCUCCUCAGCCAGGUGGCCAGGGGUAAGGAGAGGUGGAGCAGGUUCCCCUUGGGCCUAAGCGCCGAGCAGGCGUGUCCUGUUCGAUCCUGGACCUUUAGCCUGGAGCUCUUCGAGACCUACCAGGCACAGACGUACCUAGAGACAUCUGCAUCCCCUCCUCCUGUCCUGACUCGUCCUGCCAGCUGAGCCUCUCUGAACGUUAGUUUUCCCAGCUCCCAACUCCCAGGUGCGGUCCAUGCUCAUUCCCUCAGGGAUUAUGACAACAGAUGAGGUCGGUUCUGAGCGGUGCGGUGAACAAGCUGAGCUUUCAGGGGAGAGGUAGAGGCAGACAACAGCCGAUUUCAGAUAUGGGAGUGCCAUGAAGAAAAGAAAACGUGUCUGGUGGCGGCUGGGGUGGAGAGGCUACUUCAGAAGGGUGACCAGGGAGGGUGGCUCAAGUGCUCUGAGGCUGAGCAAAGGCGGGGGGUGAGAGAGCAGUGUGCUUGGAGCAAGUGAGUGAGGGGGAGCCUGGGAAGAAAUGAAAUGACAACAUGGGCCCAGGAAGGAUCUGGACUUUAUUCUAAAAGCAGCGAGGGUUCAUGGGAGGUUCAUAAAGGCACUCACGCUCUCCCAGCCUGAACUUACCAGUGCCAUGGGCUUUCCCAGCAUUUUCAGUUGGGGGCCAAGGGCUGUGGCCAGGCCAGCAGAAUUUUCUGCCAAACCCAGCUGUCCAUGAUCCCCUGAUUGGCAGGGCCCUCCUUUGUGAAAUGGGGGUGAUGAAUCCUCCCUCACAAGGUGCACACCUGUUCUAACUUGCAGCCAUCCUCCCCCCCACAAAAUGCCUGAGGGCCCUGAGCUGCAUCUGGCCAGCCAGUUUGUGAACGAGGCAUGCAGGGGGCUGGUGUUUGGCGGGUGUGUGGAGAAGUCACCCAUCAGCCGCAACCCUGAGGUGCCCUUUGAGAGCAGUGCCUACUACAUCUCAGCCUCAGCCCGUGGCAAGGAGCUUCGAUUGACACUGAGCCCCCUGCCUGGGGCCCAGCCCCCACAGGAGCCAGUGGCCCUCAUCUUCCACUUUGGCAUGUCUGGAUCCUUCCAGCUGGUACCCAGCAAUGCACUACCACCCCAUGCCCAUCUGCGCUUUUACACGGCUCCUCCUGGUCCCCAAUUCACCCUCUGCUUCGUGGACAUCCGCCGCUUUGGCCACUGGGAGCUCACGGGCGAGUGGCAACCAGGCCGCGGGCCAUGCGUCUUGCUGGAGUAUGAACAGUUCAGACCAUGUCCCUCCAGGGAGAAUGUGUUACGAAACCUGGCAGACAAGGUCUUUGACCGGCCCAUCUGUGAGGCCCUCUUGGACCAGAGGUUCUUCAAUGGCAUUGGCAACUAUCUGCGGGCAGAGAUUCUAUACAGGCUGAGGAUACCCCCCUUUGAGAAGGCCCGCACUGUUCUGGAGGCACUGAAGCAGCACAGGCUGGCGGCAAGGGCUAUGGGCAAGCGAGAGGGGAGGAGGAUUUUGCACCCUUUCGAGCCUGGCUGCAGUGCUAUGGCAUAUUGGGCAUGCGCUCCCUGCGGGACCGGCACGGCCGUACCAUCUGGUUCCAGGGGGAUCCUGGACCUCUGGCACCCAAAGGGGGCAAGUCCCAUAAGAAGAAAUCCAGCAGAGCACAGCGGGGUCCUGAGGAUGGAGUGGAGGAUCAUCCACCCCCAAGCAAGGCCCCUUCCAGGACACGAAGGGCAUGGAGAGGCCUUCCUGAGCAAACAACAGCCCAGCAGCCUGAGGGGACCAGCCUCCAAGACCCAAAAGUCCCCCCAGUCACUGAGAAAGGGAAGAGGAGAGGGCGAAGGGCCAACUCAGGUGGGCCUUCCUGAGCAUUUUCCUCUGGAGAUGGAAGGGGCACCACCAAACGGGGCUUUCCAGAAGGAAAGGAUGGCAGUACGGGCAGAGGUUACUUGUGAAAAGGAAGGCUGUCCGGGCAAUCUUCAACCUGGGGUCUGAGUUGCCACCUCACCUGUCCUCCCCACAGGCUGCUGCAGACCUUAAAAGAUAAAGACUGCCACCCCAUCUUUGGAGCCUGAGGAGACCUCAGCCUCUUAGCAGGAUCUCCUUGCUUGCACCUAUCCCUUCCCGCUGGCUUGCCUUGGAUCUGGGGGGUUGUGUGGCUUUCUAGAAGCAUGCAACAGGUUAAAGGGGCUAGAUGCCUGUGACCUUGUGGCUGUUCCCCACAUAACUAUGUUUUUAAUUGUGCCCACCAUCCCCAUUUUUUAAGCCCAUGUGAAAAAUGCUGUAUUUUUAAAAAUAUAAAUUGGUAAACUUC